CGUCGCGCCCCCGGAUUCUUGUUCUUCUUUUAUGCUGUCGAUCAAGAACCACCAAGUGGCAGUGGGCUGUGGGAUCAGAGCAGAAGGAAGAAGCAUGGACGCCUAACCUGUAUUUCGAUGGGGCAGUUUUUAAUUUUCUUGAAAUAGGGUUGAUCAUUUGGAGUGGUCUUGUUCCUCAUGAUCCAACAGCAGACUAAAUUAUGCCUUGGUACCAUGAAAAUGGUACCAUGGCCAGCUCUAUUACGCGGUGUCUCCAAAGCUCUGAGGCCAUCAUUUAUGAAUGGCCAGGUUUCAAUAUUACCCUACAGCUGCACAUCAACUCUGGCACAAAUCCAAACUCCACCAGCCAAUGAAACUGAAAAGAAUAAUGACUCUCUUAAAGUCCAAACCAGUGCGGCAGAUACUACUGCUCCUGCAGAACAUUUGAAAGAAGUUGCUGUCAUAAUGAAGGUGAAGGAAGUGGCCUCAGCUUUAGAACUUUGUGCCAACUUUAACUCACAUCAGCGUUUUGAAGCUUUGAGGAAUUUUGUUGCGAUAAAAACCCGCCCUUUACCUUUAAUUCAGAGUAUUACUGAGGGUUUAAUAACAUCAGCUGAUGAACUCGAUAUGAAGCAGCUUAGUGAUCUACUUUUCCUCAUGGGAAAACUCAACUACAUGAAUGAGGACAUUCUCUCAAAAACUUGUGAAGCUAUCAAAACAAAACUAGACAAAACUAAAACUGCCGCUGUAGUGGGUUCAUCUAUCGCAAGUCUAAGAUAUUUUAAAUGGAAAGAUCCAGAACUUUUGGACCAGUUCAGUAUCUGGAUUGAGAGAAACUUUGAGAAGUUCUCCAACCCAUCAUCAUUUAUACUGACCUUAGCUUUGCAGAACCAUUCCCCUCCUAACCUGGAGGAGUUAUUAAAGCUCACAUGGAGUGAAUGGAUUGAAAUGAGGAGAUGUUCUCCAGUAGAUACAGUCAACUUUGUUUGGGCUGUCCAAGCGUUGAACUCCCAGUUUGAAAAUGAAAAGAUGAGACAGAUUAUAAAUCUAUUUCUUGAGAACAGAUUUUUGAGAACGCUUGAUUCAAGACCUCAAUCACUUCCUGUUUGGCGUAAAUUGUGCAACUUGCAUGCUGUUGCCAAGUCCACAUCAGGUUUGACUGAUACUUUUGCAAUCCCAGAUGAUAUAAAAACUCUGAUGUCCGCUAAAAGCCAGCAUAAAGACCAACUAGUGUCGGAAGUUCUGCAACUUCUUUUUAGUGACUUGGAUAGUAAUCUAUAUACCAGAGAUGUACCCUCAGGAAUGGGCUUUCCUAUAGAUAUAUUGUUUUGUUUGGAUGACAAGAUGAAAGCAACCCAAUUGCAUCUAUCAGCUGGGUCAAAGAUUGCUGUGAUGAUUCAUUCGUACCAUGAAUGCUGUCAACCCACCAAGGAACCAAGUGGAGUAAGAUCAUUUGAAAUGAGGCUUCUGCAAGAAGAAUUCAAAGUUAUUUCUGUUCCUUACCACAUUUUAGGUGGAGGAUAUGCACAAGUGCAUGAGUAUUUUGAUUCUGUUCUAAACAAACUAGUUAAAAGUUAGUUAAAUACUUUUCUAUCAUUUCCUGAAUUGUGUAAAAGUAAUGAUGUGUACAGUGCUUUGUUUUCUUACAAUUUAUGAAUUCUCAUAGCUUGAUGAAUAGAAUCAAACCGCCACAUUUCAGCCAAAUCGACCCUGAUGAAUGUAUGUUGACUGUUCAUGUUUGGGACUGAUGUUAUCAGCUUGUUACAUAAUAAACUAUGAGACCCAA